AAACUUUAAAAUAAUUCAAACGUUAACAAACCGCCAACAAAACUACUGAGGGUAGGAAGAGCGCGCAAAUGUUCCAAAUUUAAAAUUUUUUCAAAAAUAAAAUUUUUUUUUGAUUUAAUCGUAUCGUGGUAAAGUUUUGGAAUAAUUGCAAAUCAAAUUGAGAAGAAAUUUCGACUUUUUAAAAAUGUUAUCUACAAAAUAUAUUAAAAAUUGUACGCAUUUCUUGAUUUUCGUGGGGUUUUUUUACCAGUUUUGCAACGCAGAUGCGCCCGUCAGUAAUUUCGGUUACGAGUUGAUAAAAAAAAUUCAAAAAAAUUUCACUUUCGAUUCGUAUCCAAAUCUGAAUUCGAGUUUCGGUCUGAGUACGCAUACGCAGUCGCGGGCCUACAAAACAGCAGAUACCGCCUGCCUAACUGACCUGCGUGAAGUGCUCAACGGUAUAGAGCGCGAUGAAGUUUGGGCUUUCAAGUUUAUUGAUGCGUGGGGCAAAGUUCCGGCCGGUAUUUUGUAUGGCAACACAGUUGAAAUGGGCAAUUUUGGUGAGUGCCUCAGUAUAAGUGCCACGCUCGAUAAAGACGAAAGCAUCACUGGUAAAUACUGUCUAUCUAACGUCAGAUUUAUCACCAAAGAAGGUUUCAGAAAUAAGACAAAUGUCAAUGUAGGAAUUUGCAUACCACAAACAUGUACCGCCGAGAAAUUUAAUGAAGUAUUUAAAGCACACUUCUCAGAUAUUCAGCUAAGCAUCAGCGAAAAAGAUUGCAAGGUACAAGGUGGUGAUGUGUUUACCACUUUGGAUUGGGUGGCUCUUGGAGUUUUCUGCAGUGUUGGAUUUCUGGUAUGCCUCAGCACAGUUAACGAAUACAUUACACACAAAUUUGGUAAAAAGUCGCAUCCUUUAUUACUCUCAUUCUCACUAAUCUCAAAUACUCGCCAACUUUUCCAUAUAAGUUCUCAUACAAACUCGCCUAGUGUUAUACCUUGCCUGCAUGGUAUACGUUCUCUGUCGAUUGUGUGGAUUAUAUAUCUGCAUUGCUAUCUGAUGAUGACAUAUUCUCCCAAUAUUAAUGCUGUGGAACUGAGAAAUUGGUUUCAAAGCGUUUAUUCAAUGGUACUACAAAGAGCCUCUAUAAGUGUUGACACCUUUUUCUUCCUCAGUGGAUUGUUGGUAGCUUUAGUAUCUUUUCGUAGUAUGGAAAAAACAAAGGGUAAACUUAAUGUGCCUCUCAUGUGGUUACACCGGUACUUGCGGUUAACUCCUGUGCUCGCCUUGGCUGUGCUCUUCUUUAUGACAUUUUACCGUUUGAUGGGCGAGGGACCUAUAUGGCAGAACAUAACCGGCGCAUAUAAGCUCUGUGAUGAGACAUGGUGGGCCACAUUACUUUAUGUGCAAAAUUAUGCUGCUGCUGGAAAAAUGUGUUUUGGACAUGCUUGGUAUUUAGCUGCGGAUACACAGUUUUACUUUAUAUCACCUAUAUUCUUGUUCAUUAUAUGGAAAUGGCAUAAGCGCGGUUUGGCAGCAGUAGCUAUAUUUGGCUUAUUGAUGGUUGGAUGCCUCUUCAGCAUUGUGUUGGUUAAUAAACUGAUUGUUUUCGAUAAUAUUGGCAAUUUAGGAACUGAUCAGGAAAUGUUAAAAAAAACUUACUACUCAACACAUUCUAGGGUCUCGCCAUGGCUCAUUGGCAUUAUGUUUGGUUAUUAUUUGUAUAACAAUAAAGGCAGGCGUCACGAGUUGUCUAGGACUUGGCUUAUGUUUGGAUGGUUGACGUCGCUGUCAUUACUUUUGACAGUUAUAUUCUGUCUUUAUGGAUAUGCACAGGCAGAUGCGCCACCGAUUUCACCAUUAGAAGGUGCUUUCUACUUAUCUUUAAGUCAUGUCGCAUGGUCCUUAGGUCUCUGCUGGAUUGUGUUUGUCUGUGUAAAUGGAAAUGGCGGUAUUGUAAACAAAUUUCUUUCACUCGGCUUCUGGCAACCAAUUUCUAAGCUUUCCUAUUGCAUGUAUAUAUGGCAUUUGGUCAUCAUAAUGGUGAACACUGGACGCCUCAAAACCAAUACAUACUUUUCCAAUUAUGACUUGAUACUCAAUUUCUGGAGCAAUUUUGGCAUUACUAUGAUGAUCUCAACUAUUGCAUAUUUAGCAAUUGAAGCACCGAUGCUCGGAGUUGAUAAAUAUUUCUUAAGUUCCAGCAGUACAACGAGUAGACCACAGCAAAGUACUAAGCAAAUAGCAGCCUCCCAACAGCAUAUAUGCGAAUCAUAAUUCUCUACAUAUUCAAGGAGUUUUUUUCGAAAUGUUUGUGAUGUGAAAGCUUUAUAGGUUUAAGAUUUCUUUUUGUAUAUAUUCUAUAUAUUUCAUUAAUAAUAUUUUUGCCAUGGUUAUGUUAUGCAUAGAGUCAUGGUGACGUCAAAUUUAAAAUUG